CCCACCCGAGGCCCAGACCGAGGGAGAAGGACCAAACCAAAACAUUGCCAGCCAGUCACGUGUCGAUUUAUUUUUCCCAUUAUCGAAGCUGGGAGUCGAACGUGGGGCCGCUGGUGGGUCCGGGUGGUACAGUCAUGUCAGUGGCCUUCGGUAUCUAUGUCGGCUGUAGCUCCUGUUGUAUCGCCGUGAAUAAGGAUGGGAAGUUUGAAGUGGUGGCCAAUGCAGCAGGUGACCGAGUCACCCCGGCUGUGGUUGCUUUUCAUGAAACGGAGGUGGUGACAGGUCUGGCAGCCAAGCAGGGAAUGAUCCGGCAUGGUGCCAACACCAUCCAGAACGUGCUGCGUGUGGUCGGUACCUCAGAAGAUGAGAGUCAGGGUCAGCCCAGCAAUGCCAGUAGCAGUGGUGGGAUGUGUCGCCCCAACUGGGAAGGGGGACAGGCACGCUUCUCAGUGCAGCGAGGAGAGAAGACUGUACAAGUUACCGCUGAUGAGGUUAUCACUCACCUCUUUACCCUCCUCAAAGAAAUUGCUAUGGCACACACUAGUGAGCCUGAGCUUCCAGUGGUGAUUAGUGUGCCAGCCUGGAGCAGUGAAAGCACUGUCGCUGUAGUGAAGAAGGCAGCCAAGAAAGCCUCCUUCACUGUCCUUGCCACAGUGUCUCAGCCAGCUGCUGCAGUUCUGGCAUAUGGACUGGCAGAUGACAACAAACAGAAUGGGCUUGCAGUUGUACUGCACUGUGGUGGCACAACUGUGGUGGCAUCAGUUGUGGAAAUUGCGGGUGGGUUGCUGACUCUGAAGGAGUCGAACACUUCCUCCUCUGUUGCUGGAGAUUCCCUCACCAAUGUGCUAGUCCAACACUUCGCUAAAGACUUCUACACGAAAUACAAGGGAGACCCGUUGGAAAACAGACGUUCACGCCGAAAGCUUUACAGUGCUGCGGAAAACUGUAAACAUGUUCUCUCCACCAUGAACACUGCUCAGGUUUAUGUUGAAUCUCUAUGGGAAGGCGUUGACUUCUCUACCACGCUGUCUCGGGCACGUUUUGAUGGCCUGGCUGCAGGAACCAUGGCCGCCUUUGUGCAGCUUGCCAGAGAAGUAGUUCAGAGGUGUGGCUUGACUGAGGCACAGAUCAACAAGGUAAUAUUAACUGGGGGCUCUGCAAAGAUUCCCCGUCUGCAGCAGCUUGUGGGAGAUGCUUUCCCCAAGGCUGACUUGCUCUGCUCACUGCCUCCGGACGAAGCAUUAGCUGCUGGAGCCUCUACUGAAGCUGCCUUGCUACUGGGCCAGCAAACCCAGACCUCAGUGGACUCCUCAUUGGUCCCAGCUCUGGCAACUUCAGUGUUCUGUAUGGUUUUGGGAAGUGAGAGCAAUGAAUGUGUGUUCAGUCGUGGCACCCCAACUCACUCCCGCCAGACCCUCAGCCUACCACUGUCAUCACCUGUCCCCACCAGCUGUGCUGUAGUGAUUUAUGAAGCGGAGGAGCUCAUGGAGGAGCCACCAGAGGAAGCUGUACUAGCUCAGGUUGACGUCACAAAUUUAACACCAGACUCAAAAUUCCUUCGCCUAGAUUUUCACUUAAAGAGUGAUGGAAGUCUGCACGUAGUUCUACAAGAAAGCCAAGCCAAAAUUAACCGAACAUUCAUCAUAGAGUCUGGGAGGAGUUGAGGCUUGUGGCUUAUAGUUGCCUUAACAGGACUUGUCUCUUUCAAUAUUCCAGCACAAGGUGAGCACAGCGGCCGGCACCAUGUUGAGCAGUGUGCAUCCACCAGCAUCAUAGAGUCCCCCGGGCGGCCCUGCCACAACGAGGACGCCGGUGAACCACUAUCACAGUCUGGUGGCAGCAGCCGUGUGCCAGCUGCCGCCACCUUCACUACAACACACUUCCUGAAGCAGCCGAGAGUCCUUGCUGGCCACCUUAUAAAAUAAUUUACCUAAUAAAAUUCUUUUAAAAAUUAAGAAUAA